AUGGCUAUUGCACAACCUCCUCAAGCCGCCUUCAUCAAGACUCAUCACCAUAUCAUGCCCAGAGUCUUCCUGGUUACCGGCACCUCGACCGGUUUUGGCCAUGACCUGGUCCAAGAGAUACUAAACCGAGGCGACAUUGCCGUGGCGACCGCGCGCAGACCGGCGGCUCUCCACUUCGACAAGACCUCAGAGGACAGCUACCUAGCCUUGGAACUCGACGUAACAGAACCAAAAAGCAUCAAAGCAGCAUUCGCCAAGGCUGUGGAGCGCUUUGGACGCAUCGAUGUGGUCGUGAACAAUGCCGGCUACGGCCUCACGGGAUGCUUCGAAGAAUACACCGACGAGCAAAUCCGGACGCAGAUGGAAGUCAACUUCUUCGGUGUCAUCAACGUCUCAAGGGAAGCCAUUGCCGCCAUGAGAAAGCAGAAGCCUAGCGGCGGUGUCAUUCAACAAGUGACGAGCGUCGGUGGCCAACGGGGAGCCGCGUGCUUCAGCAUGUAUGCCGCAAGCAAAUGGGCAGUUGAAGGUUUCACAGAGUCACUUUCCAAGGAGGUCAAGCCGGAAUGGGGCAUUAAAUUUACCUGCAUUGAGCCCGGUGGUUUCCGGACCGAGUGGGCUGGUCGUUCAAUGACAUUUGCCGACCGUUAUCCGGACUACGAUCAUCUCGAUGCCAAAGCCAUGAUGAUGGCCCGGAAUGGAACCCAGCCUGGUGAUCCAAAGAAGGCCGCAAAGGUCUUUUACGAACUGGCCGUCAUGGAAAACCCGCCCUUGAGGAUCUUGCUCGGCUCAGAUGCGUACCCGGCCAUCCUGGCGAGGCUGGAGGCAGAGCGACAGAAUUUCAUCAAGUACGAGAAGCUCAGCUUGAGCACAGAUGUGGAUUAG